UAUGCUCUGUGAUUGUGCAUUUUACUUUGAAGUGCAGCUAUAGAAAGUCUAGUUGGAAGUUCUUUGGGACCAAAUUCAAUGGACAGAUGGACAGGAAGAGUGGCUGUUGUAACAGGAGCGAGUUCAGGCAUCGGAGCCACUGUGGCGAUAGCUCUGGCCAACUCAGGGAUGAUAGUCGUGGGUCUGGCGCGCAGAAAUGCCCUGGUGGAGGAACUCACCUCGAGAGUCACAGGAAGUGGGAGCAUUCAUGCGGUAAAAUGCGAUAUGACGGACGAAAGUCAGGUGAAAAGUGCCUUCGAGAAGAUAAGAAGUGACUUUGGAGGAGUUGAUGUUCUUAUCAGUAAUGCUGGAUUAUUCAGAGCUGCAUAUUUAAUCGAGGACAAUUUGAGGCCGUUCAAGGAGAUUCUGGACGUCAACCUGUGGGCAUCGGUCGUGUGCAUAAAGGAGGCCAUCAAGGAUAUGCGAAAGAGGACGUUCAAGGGUCAUAUUAUCAUAAUCAACAGCGUCCUUGGCCACAGGAUCCCAGACGUGCCCCAGCCCAAGCUCAACGUCUAUCCGGCCACCAAGUUCGCCCUCACGGCCCUGUCCCAGACCCUGCGGCAGGAGCUCCGCUUCCACGGAGCGGAAAUUAAAUUGACGAAUAUUUGCCCCGGAUUGGUGGACACUCCCAUGCUGGACGCCUUCGAUUCGGGGCUUCUCGCUCCGCUGCCCAAAUUAACGGCCGAAGAGGUGAAGGACGCAGUAAUUUAUGCACUUGGAACGCCAGAGAACGUUCAAAUAAACGAUAUAAUCUUCGAGGCCAUGGGACCGUUCGGCUGCCCAAAUGAUGUCCAGUGAAUCUCAGCUGCUGCUUCUUGGCAAGCGACGUCAUCCAAUUAUCGGAAUAGCCGGCAAUUUAAUGAAUAAAAACUUUUGUGAGCCACUUGA